AUGACAACCAUCCUCGACACCCACGCUAAUAAUCCUUUGAAUGUCUUCUCUAUCCCCCUCGAAGCCUUUCUCACUAGCUCAUCGUCCCCUGCUAGGAAGCAGAUAGCCGUCCACAUCGUCGACUUGGUUACCACCUCUUCAGACCCUGCCCACGCCCUUUGGAAACUCUGGGACGCUUUCUUCACCGCCGUCGUCAACGCCGAUUCAUACCAAACCCUCCUCGCCCUCCUCGACACCCUACGCGCGCAGCCGCCAACACAGCCCAACAAAGUCCGCGUAGGGUCUAAUGCCCUCGGUAGCUACAUCAGCGCCGAGGGAAAGCUACACUGGGAGACCUUGCCUCGUUUCAGCGCGCAGUGGCACGACGUGCAUGACAUUCUCGAAGCCAGACGCGACUGGGACGGCGUGCGAGAUGCGGCCCCGGGAGAUCACACCACCGCCACGAAACUAAGUAGCCGUGUCGCCGAGUACUAUCUCCGCUUUUGUAGUUUUUCAGCCGCGCUGCUGAAAGCCACGAACGGCAGUGAAGAGAAAGGUGGGGUACAUCCUAUAUGGGUCUUUUAUGCAUGCCGUGAUGUACUGGAGUAUGCGCGACCCAGACCCCAGGCCCACGAUUAUCAACCGAAGGCGUACACAAUUCCGUGGGAGGAGGUCUGGGCGCUGGAUGUCCGGGUUGCGGCAACCUGGGUACGAGAUGGGGGCCGGGCGCUGUGGGAAGUGGGUCAUGAAGAGCUUCGACGGCACUGGGCGGCAUCCCUGGAUAGUCAAACGGAAUUGUGGCUGAGGGAUGACGGUUUGACGGUGGAGCGGUGGUAUUUCUGGGAAGGAAAACUGCGGCAUCUGAGUAUCGAGGCGGGAAUACUGGACUUGGAGACGAGGGGUGUGGUUGGCGAGGCUGCUGAAGUGGUCAGCGAUCUACUCCGUACUGGGGCAAUAACUCAACCCCUAAGUCUUAAGAGAUAA